GCAUCACGCGCUUCUUGAGAAAGUUGCAUCUGUUGCUCCAGGAAAACUUAAAUACAGCUCAUCCAGCCUAGCUCAUCAUCAGAUCUGAUCAGUGCUCAACUAGAUCAUCACUCUGAAGACCUCCAAAAGCUCUCUUCCAGAUCAACAUUGCUUUGACGUCCAGAACCUGACACAAUGCAUGUCUUCCUAGCCCUCAUGUUUGUGGCUGCUGCCACGGCCGAGCUUGCUCCUCUGCUCAAGAACUCUGAGCCCAUCCCAGGAAAGUACAUCAUCAAGCUCCGUGACGAUUUCAACAUCGAUGAAAUUGCUUCUACCGUUCGUCUCUCUGGUGGAAAAGUAGGUAACCUUUUCCGAAACGUUCUUCACGGUUUUGCUGCCGAGCUCUCCGAUGAGGUCCUCGACAUUGUUCGUGGACUUCGCGCCGUUGAGUACGUUGAACAGGACGGCGUCUACCGUACUCAGGUCACCUGGGGUCUAGACCGUAUCGACCAAAGGGAUCUCCCUCUUAACAAUGGCUAUAGUCCAAGGGGCACCGGAAGUGGAUAUACUGUGUGGGUAAUCGAUACCGGCGUCAGUGCUUCCCACAAUGACUUUGGUAGUCGUGCUACCCAAGUGGUUAACUUCGCAGCUGGUUCAAAUUCGGAUUGUAACGGGCAUGGAACCCAUUGCGCUGGGACAGUUGGCUCCAGUACCUAUGGUGUCGCGAAGAGCGUAACCAUCAAGGGAGUCAAAGUCUUAAACUGUAUUGGAUCGGGUACCAACAGCGGUGUUAUCUCAGGGGUGGAUUAUGUAAAGUACUAUAGCGGAAGCAACGACGUUGCUUCAAUGUCGCUGGGAGGAGGGAUCUCAACAGCUUUAGAUACUGCUGUCGAGCAACUUAUUUCUUCAGGGGUUCCAACCGCCGUGGCUGCUGGUAAUGAUGAUGCCAAUGCCUGCUUGUCUUCUCCUGCACGUGUUUCGACGGCAAUCACAGUUGGAGCUACAGAUAGUAGCGACUAUCGUUCCUAUUUUUCCAACUACGGUGGCUGCCUAGACAUCUUUGCUCCAGGUUCUUCUAUCACGUCUACUUGGCAUACGUCUGAUUCAGCAACCAAUACCAUCAGUGGAACUUCGAUGGCCUGUCCUCAUGUUGCUGGUGCCAUAACACUUUUCGGCAAAAGCACUUCCAGUAUGCUUUCUAGCGCUUCUAGCAAUAAGAUUAGUGAUGUGGGAUCCAAUAGCCCUAAUAAACUUCUCUACGUCGGAUAAUGAGUGAUGGCGACCCGCUCCAAGCAGCAACGAAGCAGAGUUAUGAAACAUAAACUUAAAACAAAAAAAAAUAAACUGUUCAAUUUUCUUUGAAAACGUGCAUCUGCGUGUUUGACUUAUCCUGGAAUGAAUAAA